AACCUUCGCACAACCAUCCAGAUCAACCGCCCGCCGCCAGUCGUUAACAGCGCCAGCCGCACCACUCCUCGCAUACUACUGCACUACCUCAUCGACAUCUAACGCAAAAAUGGAUGCCCCUCGUGACUACAUGCUGGCUAAGGUCGUGAACGUCCUCGGACGCACGGGUAACACGGGUAACGUGACCCAGGUGCGCGUCGAGUUCCUGCAGGACGACAAGCGUAAGAUCAUCCGUAACGUCAAGGGACCCGUGCGUGAGGGUGACAUCCUGUGCCUGCUCGAGUGGGAGCGUGAGGCUCGCCGCCUGAGAUAAGCGGAGUUAGUCUACACUUCAGCUGCAAUAAUGAACGAGGAGCGGUGGACACUUUCUACAAGACAAACAGGGGCAGCGAUGGAGUAACACAGAGCGGACGACUGUUGACAGGCUCCGGGUGAUGCAUUCAUCGUCUUCUUUUUAGUUGUGGAGACUCCGUACUUCGAUCAGCUUGCAGCGUUCGGAUUUCAACCACUUCGUUACGGACUGGGAGAACCGGAAAAGGGGACGAGGACGUAGGCCGACUUAAUUCGCGGUAAUAUUUCGAUGAGAACAAACGCGCCCGUUGUGUAUUGUACGCUGCA